CUUCCUCUUUCGGAACAGCUUCUCGGCAGUGGCGAGAUCUGCCGUGAGAUUAAUCACGAUGCUCUUAGGACACCGCACGACAUAUAUCGAGUGCUGGCAAGUUUUCGCUCUCGUUUCGUCCGAUUCCCCAGCCCCGACCUCGAGCACUCUCAGGCACUCCCCAUGUUUAGCGAAAGCCCGGAAUACAUCAAGAGGCGGAACACGCCGUUCUCGCCGCCCACCAUUACGUGGAAAGAACUGCGCGCGGUGAUUCCCCCCGAGCUGUUCCGUAAGUCGACAUUCCGCGGGAUGGUCAGCUUCGUCAAGGACGUCGCUUCCGUCGUCAUCCUCUUCGCCCUCGGCCAACGGAUCGACGUGUUCGCCGCGGAAGUCGCCGCGGCGCGCGAGCUCACGCCUGGCGUCGCGUCGUUGCUCAAGUGGUCGCUGUGGUCCGCGUACUGGUACGCGCAGAGCAUCGCCAUGGCUGGAUGCUGGUGUCUCGGACACGAGGCCGGGCACCAGAACGUCUCGCCCUACGGCGUCGUCAACGAUACCGUUGGAUUCAUUCUGCACACCGCGCUUCUGACACCGUACUUUGCCUGGAAGCGGUCCCACCACACGCACCACAAAACGGUGGGCUCGAUCGAGCGCGAUGAGAACUACGUGCCCCGGACGAAGUCGGAGCUCGGGAUCACGACGAAGGAGCAGCUGCAUGAGAUGUUCGAGGAGACGCCGCUAUACACGUUGGUCCGCAUGCUCGUCAUGCAGCUCCUCGGAUUCCAGGUCUACCUCCUCUUCAACACCCUCGGGUCGCCUCAUGACCCCGCUGGCACCAACCACUUUUCGCCCUACUCUGUGCUGUUCAAGCCUGAAGAUUUCUGGAACAUCGUCCUCUCCGACGCCGGGCUCGUCGUCACCUCGUCGAUUCUCAUCAAAUACGGGAUGCAAGUCGGCGCUGCCAAUGUUUUCAAGCAGUACAUUUUCCCGUACCUGCUCUGCCACCACUGGAUCGUGAUGUUGACUUACCUGCACCACUCCGACCCGACCCUGCCUCACUACCGCAAGGGACAGUGGACCUUCCUGCGAGGAUGUCUCGCCACCGUCGAUCGUCCGCUGCUAGGAUACAUCGGCCGACUGUAUUUCCACAACGUCUCGCACGACCACAUUGGUCACCACCUGUUCACUUCCAUUCCCUACUACAACCAACCUGAGGUAACCAAGCGCAUCAAGGCUGUGCUCGGGGAGCACUACAACGGCGAUAACACGAAUACGUUCUACGCGCUCUACCGCUCGUUCACCACUUGCUGCUAUAUCGAGGACGAGGGCGAUGUCGUGAUGUACAGCAACGGGAAGGGCGAGACGAUGCGCGAGGUCGUCCAGGAUCCAGGCAACCGCCGCGAGAACGACGCGAUCCCGGACAUGCUCACUUCGCUGCACACUGCUGGUUGAGCGGAGCGCGCCUGGAGCUCGGCGGGGAUAGCAUGGCUUUGGCUUCGUGUAUGUAAAUAACGCGUCCGGAUUCAGAACUUGUGUAAGUAGCAUCGUUAACUGUAGUUGUGUUGUGGUUUCUUUUGAAUACAUGCUUCAAUCAUUUUUGCUUGGUCAUUGAAA